UUUUCCAAAUUGCUUGGGUGCCAUGGAUGGCAAACAUUGUCUGAUAGCAGGGAUCGGCAUCAUCGAUAUUUUCAAUCCUCCACUUAAGUCUGGUUCUUCAUAUUUUAAUUACAAGGAAACAUUUAGUAUUGUGCUUUUGGGACUUGUGGAUGCUCAACUCAGAUUCAUAUUUGUUGAUGUGGGCACAAAUGGACGAGUAUCUGAUAGAGGAAUAUGGAACAAAUGUGCUCUUAAACAUCAUUUAGAGAAAAAUGAUAUAAAUAUACUACCAAAUCCUCUACCAGAUACUGAACAGGAUUUUCUUUAUGUAAUUAUAGGGGAUGAAGGUUUUAUUCUAUCUACAAAUAUACUCAUACCUUAUCCUAAGGAACAAUGUACAGCCAGAAAAGACAGAAGAAUUUAUAACUAUAGAUUAUCUAGAGCAAGACGAUGUUCAGAAAAUGCAUUUGGAGUCAUGGUCAGCAAAUUUAAUAUACUCCGAUCUCCUAUGAGAUAUGACCCAGAUGAUGCUCGUACUAUUGUACUAGCAAUUUGUUGUCUUCAUAAUAUGUUGAGGUCUGAUAGUGUAGGCCGUGCAAUGUAUACUCCACCAGGAUACAUUGAUAUGGAAGAUGAAAUGACAGGUCAGCUCCAACAUGGAGAAUGGCGAAAAGAACAAGGACAAGGUUUACAAAAUUUUCAACAUCAAGGAGUGGUUGAGUAA